AGGUGGUGCUCGCCUCCGGGUCCGGGCUAGCCGGCGUGCGGGUAGGGGAGCGCAGGUGAGUGGGCUCUGUGGGCUUGGUGGUGGCUCUUCCAGGGCACUGUGAUGCCCCAGUUAAGGUCGGGGAAGGUGGUGGCUGGUGGCAAGGUGAAGGCGGCCCAGAGGGUGGCCGCCAGCCUGAGCUCUCAGGGCGCAGGGGUAGGGCGUGAGCUGGGGGAGUUGGCAGGCAAGAAGAGCUCUCUCGUGGCACUAAAGAGAAAAGCUGAGCAAUCCUUACCGUCCUCUGUGCGCCCUGCUGUGCUGUCCAGAGCUUGUGCUGAGCAGCAUGCUCUUGUCUUGCCUGUGCAGAAGGAGCAAGUCGAGAGCUGUCAGAGACUCCCCGGUAAGAAAAACAAGGGGAUCCAGUGCAGGGUGGCAUCCAGGAGCAAGAAGGGUGUCACCACGCGGAUAGCAGAUGCUGCCGUAUGUGAAGAUGGGCAAGCAGCAACCAGGGUGGCAGGAACGUGCUGGGAAAAGACUGGAAGCAGAAGGAUGGGACAGGGUCAACAGCCAUUUCUCUCGCAAAUUACCUUGCUGAAGAAGAUCUCAGUAGAGACCUGUAACCCAGAAGGGCUGAACCUCUCAGGUUUCCCAGAGAGUUCGAGGAGCUCAGGAAAAAAACGCAAACGUUCCUAUAUGGAACUAAAAUUACAAAUCCCAACCUCGGAGGAGGAACUUGACAGCACAGAGAGUAUUACUCCCUGUUUGCCAGAAGCAGAGGUGCUGCAGCCUAGAAGCAGUGCAUGUAGUACUGAAAUCAAAGACAUUGGUUCCUUAAUGAUACUGAAACUGCAAAUCCCAGAUCUUAAAAAGAAUUUGGGGAACGAAGAAUCGUCCUUGUCUGAGUCACAACCUUGGGAAGUGGUAGAUAACCCAGGGAAAAUGAAUCAAUGUUCUUUAAAAGGUCCAGAAAAGCCCAAUAAAAAAGGAAAAUACUUGAGAAAGAAAGGCAGGCCAUCUUUGGUGAAAUCAGAACUACAGGGGCCAAGAAAGAGAGGUGGAUCUGCCUUGGUAGAACUCCAUACAAAGUGUCUAGAGUCCAAGAAGAGAGCUGUGAGUCUGAAGAAGAGGGACUCACUGGCAUUACUGCGUGUACAGGGUUUAAGUGGCCAAGAACAACCAACAGCCAGAGGAAAGCUGCACAAGCGUUGCGUGGUAGAACAGCAGCAGAGCUCAGACCCUCAGAAAGGAGCAGAUAGCCUGGGGGAAAGUGCAGCAAAGAAAAAAUGGAAAAAAAAUAAGCAAGACUCAGGUACGCAGGCUGUGAAGAAUUGUAAGGCAAAUCUAACUAAGUCAGAAGAUCCCAAUGAAAAGGAACCUCGCUAUUCUGAAUCUCCUGCAGUUGUUGCUUUAGGUGGGACUCCAGACAAGAGUUUUCUUUGUCAUCCUGAAGCAAAAAGGUCUGUUAUACAGCUUAAAAAAAGGAAAGCCGGAAUUGAUCGUAUCGUGUGCUUCCGAAGUUUGAGUGUAACUACAGCAGAAAAAGUGAUAAAUAAAUCUGUGAAACGUGUUGCUGACCGCUGCAGAAAGACCCUAAAGCAUUGCAACAGCUUGCUCUGCGUAACAAGAAAGAAUCCAGUUGUGAGAUUAGAGGCUUGUAGUUACAUCAAUACAUUUGUAAAAUCUUUACUUGGUGGAACUGCCAGCACCUUUAAUUUAAGUAGAUUCUUCCAUUUAGCCCAGCAUAAGAGAAAAUCUGCUUGUCCUGACAGUACGGUAGAACAGAGUGAAAUGAAUUGCAGCACUAAUACAAUGAAAAAAGAAAGCUCACCCAUAAAAAGUAGUUUAUUGUUUAAUGAAGAAGUAAAAACUCAACAUAAAGAAGGGUAUUUUUCAUGCUGUCAGAGUCAAAGCAAUACGUUUUUAAGUGAAAAAAAAUCGAAUAUUGGUAGAAAGCAUGCAAAAAAGAUGAAAAUCAGUGAGAUGUCAGCCGUGCAGAGUGUAAGCACAAAUGUGGCUGAUGAAUGCACUAUGUGUGAAUUAAAGAUGGAAGUUGCCACGUCAGGGUCCUCCUCUACUGCUUUAGGACUAAACCAUAAAGAAAUGACUCUGUCAGAUUCCUGGGAUUGUACAGAUGACCUUCAUACAGGAAACAAUACUCGUGAAGCACAAGAGGCAUCAGUACAGAGAAAGAAUAGUACCAAAUCACUGGCAUUUGAAGGUGGCUUUAAGAAGACGUCCAAGCUCUCAGUAGGGGCAAAAAGAGAAGCUUCAGGCUGUGAGACACCGCAGUGGCAGUCUGCUACCUCGGGUAGUCUGAGAGCACUAACUCAGGCCCGUGGUGUUUCUAAUUGUCACAAAAGCAUGACAGAUGGAAAACUGAAGAAAGUUAGUAAGAAUCUGCGUCAGUUUACCUGUCAAAGAACAGUACCUAUGACUGGUAAAAAUGUUUGGCCUCGUGAAUCUUGUGCCAGGACUUCUGAAUGGGUUCCUAAAAAUCACUCGUCCAUCUCAGAAGGAAAAAGACUUCUAAGUCCAGGCUUUGAGGAAUCCUUUGAUAAAAGCAGCGUCAAAGCUGUAGGAAACAGUGCUGUGACAGAAAAUUCAAGGCAGUUGGAUUUGUGUACAUCAUUGGCAGAAGUUAAGGAAUGUGCACAUGAAGCAGUGGAUCUAAAUGCCAAAUGCCUGACUUCAGCUGAAACCUCAGAAUCCUCUUCUACGGAUAUUUGUGAGACUUGUAGAAUGAGCAAUGAAAAUGUGAAAUCGCCAGUUGCUAUGGUUAGAAGCGCUGUGGCUUUUAACCCUGAUGAUAUGCAAGAAGUUAAAGCAACCUCAAAUUUUACAGCAAAACCAAAAAAUAAAAAUACAGGAGCUGUAAAAAAGAGAAGCCGGUCUGUGACAGUCCAGAAUAAUACAUCUACAAGUAACAACAGCAGAAUAAACUUGAGCCGUAAGGCAUCGGUUGUGAAGCAGACGCUUUCUGAUGCAAAACUAAUGAAAGUAUUAAACACCAGAAACCUGACGAACUUCAAAAUUCCUUUACGCAUAAACAAACCUGAAUCCAGGAAACUGGAAUGUGUCAGUUUAUCGGAAAGAAAAGCCUGUAGCCCACUAGAGCUUUUUGACAGCGCUAGUAUUUCGCAAAGGCAGAAAAGAGAUGAGGAGACUGUGGUAAAUUCUGAGCAGCAGCCCCUUCCUGUAGUUAGUGAUGCUACAUCUACAGCUUCCAUGAAGAAAAAUGCUGGUAAGAUCAACAGUAAGGACUUGCAUCAUGAUGGCUCUGAAACCCUUCCAAAUGAGACGCCCGCGCUCCCUGAACAUGCCUCUUUGUGCCCGUGUCCUGCCCUUGAGAGGCAGCUGGAGUCAUCUCCACCAGGCUUCAGUGCUACUGAAUGUGUACGGAAGUCGAAUUUUCCUGAGCGCUCAGGGAAUGCAGUCGACCGUCCUGUUGCAUUAGAAAUAUGUGAUGGUGGCCAAUCGAGAGUGAAUCGUUCACAGCCCAAAAGUGAUUUUUUUCCAGAUAUUCUUGAAGCUUACAAAGAAGAUGUUCUUGUCAUUGAUGUGAUUCAGGAUGACCCUGAUCUUUUUGGAACCAGUGGCGAAGAGGAGCUUACGCCCACAGCCUGUGAAGAUUGGUCCGCAAAGGCAUCCUGUAGUAGGAUCUCCAUUAAAGAAGAGAAGCAGAAUCUUAAGCCUGAGUAUGCUGUUAUUUCAGAAAAUAGAGGUUCAGUAAAUGCUAAUUUUAGAGACAUUACCGUACAGGAAUCUGGAAUGUUGAAUCAUGCUGGAAAUUCGCAGGAUUUGGCAAUAAAAGCUACAGAUAUUAAAACCCAUAAUUCAUCCAGUAGAAACAGUCCUUUGCGAGGUGUUACUGAAGACUCUUUUGAAGAUGGGCAACUGAGAAAGCAAGAUGGAUUUCUAAAGAGUUCUGAAAUUAAUGAAAAGUUCAGGUUUGCAGAUGGAGUGGCUGCUCUUGAACCAGGAGAAAAAGGUGAAGCAGAAGAAAGUGACUGUCGAUACGCAGACCUUAUGAACUGUGAGCUGCUCUCAAGAUCGCCAUUGCAUGUCCCAAAAAUAAACGUCCUCAAUGAAAGUACAGUGCUGAAACCCAGGAAGAAUGAUUGUACAUUUUCAGGAAAAGGCCUUUCCCUGCCACUGCAAAACCAUGGAGAUUCUGAGCCAUGGACAACAGACAAAAAUGCAAAAGCUUCUCAUUCAGUCCAGCAGAUCCUGGAGAUGAUUGACGUGCCCCAUAAAUAUUGCAGAUAUUAUUUCACGACUUUGCGUGGCUGUGAAAGGGCAAAAUGUUGGUUUCGGCAUGUUCCUGAACAAAGACAUGAAAAGAUUUGCAUGGCAAUACUUAGGACGUACAUUAGUAUCAAAGAAUCAGGCCUUCUAAAACGUGCAGUCCAAAUAUUUGUCAGGUAUUACAGAGAAGUUACUCCUGGCGAGGAUUUUGCUUUUCAAGUGCUGAAUGAUCUUCUCAUUUGCUUGCUCAAGAACUGUUUGUUGCAAGAAGUAUUUCAGAUACUGCGUGUAGCUGUACAGAUUAAUACACUGCCGGCUGUGGAUGUUUUUCUGAAAGUUUUUGAGCAUGUGGCUUCUUUGAAUAUAAGAAAUGCUGUGCCUACAUUAAUCAGUACCUUUCGUAAGCUCAUUGAUGCUGGUAUGUUUCUCGAGUUUGAACAUUUUAAUUACAUUACUAAACUCCUUCAACAAUUGCAAGUUUCCAACCAGGAAAUAAAUGUUGUUUUGAAUAUAAAAUCCAGAUUUCAGGAAAGACAUUUUAAAAGCAACUGGCUCUUUGACUUCAAUUUGGUAAUGGUCGAAAUUCAGCAUUGCAAGGAAAAAAAUGAUUGGAGUAAGAUGGGAACUUUGUAUGUUAAUGCAAGAACCGGAUGUGAACAUUUUGAUGAUCUUCAGAAAUUGUCUUUAUGCAUUACUGAAAUACUAACAAGAGAUUCUGAGAAAGACAGACCAGGAAUUCCUUUUUGCGAUUUUGCUGAUGCAGUAAUAACAAAUUCGACAUGCAAUGAAGCAGACAGGAUUUUCAUUGGAAGGACUGGGAUAAGCGUGAUGAAUUCUUAUCGCAGAGUACUGCAGUGGAGAAAGGGAAGGAAGGUUUUGGAUAAAUUGCAUGAGCUACAGAUAAAUUUUACAGUCUUGAAAGGACUUAUUGGUGCAGAGAACUUAGCAUCAAGAUGUCAAAUUGUUAAUAAUGCUGCAGAAAUUUUUCUUAAAACUGGAAGUUUGGAUGGAGCGACAUGGGUAUUGAGAGAGUCAGAAUGGACCACGAAUACACCACUGUGGCCCUGUGAUGAAGAGGACAUCCUCAAUCGAUUUAAUCUGUUGUGUUCACUAGUGCACAAGUACAUGAGGCAGAGUUUAUACAGGCAGGCAUUGGAAGUUCUGCAGAAUUUACCAGGAUUCCAAAAUAGUUCUGAUACUGUGGAUGUUUCUCAGUACAGCUGCGUUUUUAACCUGCUGAUAAAAGCCUGUUUUGAGAGCAAGAACCUUGGGGUCUCAUCUUCUGCAGUAGACUUCAUGCUUUCAAAAAAUAUAGCUGUUGAUUUUUUUUUACUUAGAGGAUUAAUCACAGGUUUGGGAAGAAGUUGUUUGUGGAGUAAAGCUAGAACCUACUACAAAACUGCUUUAUCAUUGGGUUGCUACCCGCCGCUAGAGGGAAAUUUACAUCACAAGAUUUUGCCAAUUCCUUUUUACGUGUCUGAGGUUGAGAUGCUGUUGGCCAUUGAAUUAUUCCUCGUUUCAAAUGCCAGCGAUAUUCAAAGUCCGGGGGCUACUACUCAGUCUCUUCAAAUAAUACUGAAAAGAUACGAAGACCAGACAGUUCAGAAUAACAGUGACUAUCAAGCAGGAAUGGAGAGACUUAGCCUGGCUGCUCAUGUAUCUGAUCCAAAGCUUUUUCUUAAGCGUAUGACAGUGAAUGUUAAUAUGGAAGAAGUUUACAGCUUGGAGCAUACAUCUGCUCUAAAAUGGCUUCAGGAGAAUAUGAAAUGGGCUGGAAAGGUCUGGCUGUUUCAGUAGUCAGCAAUUAAUAAAUAAAGAAUUUGGGGGAGGGUGUUCGGUGGUUGAAGUGAUCAUUGUUAAAACUAAUAAAAAUUAUUAAAGGUAUUUGCCACUGUGUUCAGCCUUACUGACUUAGAGCAAGG